UGCUAAAUUGGUCACAAAGCACAGAAUCCUCUUCCAACUCUCUUUCCCUCUUUUUUAGCUGUGGCUUCAGCUGGUUGAGUUUCGCAUGAUUGCUACUGGCGGCGGCAACAGGUGACCCUCUAGAUUCUAUUCCGUUGGUGGAUGGACGGCUGCCUAGGCGGGUACUGGUUUAAAUUGAGUUUAAUCUUGGGAUUUGAAUGCUUUUUUGAGAAGAUUGAAUGUGCCUGUGAAUCAUCAUCAUCAUCAUCAUCAUAAAAACGAAAACAGAAAAAUAAAUAAAAUUGAAGAAUGGACUUUUCAGAUGAAUGGAAGUCCCAGUUCCCGGUAGGCAAAGUUUGUACGCCGCCGCUUCUUAUUUCAGGCCGAGCUGCAAGUUCCAUUCUUGGCCCUCUUUUCUUCAAUCCAAAUCCUGAAUCUCUAACCCUUCUAUUCUCCUCUCCUUCUCUUUUUCCUCCCUUGCUUUCUCCUCUUCCACAGCUUUCCCUCCCUUCAUUCCUCUCAUCUUCUUCCCAAAACGAAGCUGUUUCUGCUCUGUCCCACAACCGUCUUCAGUUUCUUCAUUGCCCUUUUAAUGGCAGUGUCAUUGUGUUCUUUUCCACUGGUUACAACCAUGACCAAAUUGGGUUUUUGGUGGUUUUGGUGAAGGAAUCUGGUUUUGAUGUUUUGCGUGAUGAAAAUAACGGUGUUUUUGUAGCCAGGAAUCGGUUCAAUCAUCGGAUAUGUAAGAUUUUGGUUAAUCCUGUUGGGGAUUUUUCGGAUUUUGAAGGUACAUCUUCGGUUAAUGUAGGGUACUUGUUGGCUUUUACAAUGUAUUCGGUUCAUUGGUUUAGUGUUAAAGUUGGUAGAGUUAGUGUGAAGCCUGUUUUGAGUUAUUUGGGGUUUAAGCUGUUUAAGAGUUGCUCUGUUGUGUGUGCUUGCUGGAGCCCUCAUUUAACGGAAGAGAGUGUGGUUUUGUUACAAAGUGGUGCGUUGUUUCUGUUUGAUUUGGAUGAUUGUGUUAGAACUUCAAAAACGAAUACGUACUUUAAAGGGAAGAGGUUGAGAGUUCAGUGGAAUGAGGAUUCUGAUGGUUUACAGAAUUGUAAAUGGAUAGGUUGUGAGUUCAGUUGGCAUCCCAGAAUCUUGAUUGUUGCUCGAUCUGAUUCGGUUUUUUUAGUUGAUUUGAGGUCUGAUGACUGUAAUAUUAGUUUGUUAGCAAAGAUUGAUAUGCUUAGUUUAUAUGUUCCAGUUGAAAAGGAGAAGUUUCAAUCAUUUUGUAAAGUGGGAUCUGAUGGUUUUAAUUUUGUUUUGGCUUCUGAUAGUUUGUUGGUCCUCUUGGAUGUGCGUAAGCCUUUGAUGCCGGUAUUGCAGUGGGCUCAUGGACUUGAUAAACCAAGCUAUAUUGAUUCUCUUAGAUUGUCUGAGCUGAGAUCAAACCCAAGUGGUGAUAUGUAUGAAUGGGCAAAUAAAUCGGGUUAUGGCAUUAUCUUGGGAUCUUUUUGGACAUGCGAAUUUCGUCUCUUUUGUUAUGGACCUCCUUUACCCGGUCAUAGUGGGAUUUUUACUUCAAAAAUUUCAACAUUUACCAAGUCUCUUUAUGCAUGGGAACUCCCUACAGAUUUAUUGUUGUCAGGACGUGGUUGUUGGAGUGGAACUUGUCUUCUAAGAAAAGAGUUUUCAAAAGAUUAUCUUCCUAAAUGGACUGAUUGGCAGCAGAAAGAAGACAUGGUUUUGGGAUUUGGCAUACUAAACAAGGAUUUUCCUACCUGCAUCCAUGAACUUGAUGAAUUUGGUGGUUUCACUUUGAUUAGGUUAAUGUCCUCAGGGAAAGUUGAAGCACAAAGAUAUUUUGCCUGUUGGGAUGCGGUAAAAAAAUUAGAAGUAGCCCAUGGAGACUCGUUGUUACAUUCAGAAGAUAACUUAUUAUGUUCUAGAGGAUAUGGAAAUUACAAAUUUCCCAAAAGAUACAAGUAUUUGAAACUUGAUUAUCUUUAUGGGCAUUUGAAUGGUAAUCUUAUUGAAGUUCUGGAUUCCAAAAUGAAAAAUACUUUUAAUAAUCUACAAGAGAAAGAUUCUUUCAAAGUAGACUUCCAUGAAAUCCUAUGUGAGAAGCUGAAAGUUUGUGGUUUGAGUCGAUUUAGAACAUCUCCUGCAAUUUCUGUAGUUUUUAAUGACAUAAGCUUGCCAGCAAGCAUUCGUGAGGUUGCUUUGAGGAGAGUGUGGGCUGGCUUGCCAAUGGAACUUUUACAGUUGGCCUUCUCCAACUACAAUGAAGUUCUUGAAGUACUUAUGGAUCAGAAGAAGAUCUCUUUGGAAUUUUUAGUUGUUCCAGACCUACCCCAGUUGCCACCUUUUUUCUUAAGGAAACCUUCAUGCCGCAGCAAUAAGUGGACACAGAAAGUGCAGCGCGAUGAUGCCCUUGUAGGUCCUGUUCUUCCACUCCCAAUUCUUGUUACACUUCAUGAAUUCCGUAAUGGUUCUCCAUAUUCAGAAGAAGAAGCCAGCAAUUUUUCAUCAGAGGGAGAACUAUAUCUUCGGUGUGAGGAAGUUAUGCAGGUGGCCCAUGAGAUGGCUGUAUCAGAUUCUGGCAUUGAUUUUAAUGAGGAACAUGCUGUCUCUCUUGCUGAUAGCAGAGAUGAGACAUGGGUUGACUCUCGUAAACCAAAGCCUUUUAUAUACUACCGUCCAGGUGCGCUUGAUUGCUCCAAUAAGGAUCAUGCACUUCGAAAUUGUGUUUACAAGGAUGACAAAUUUUUCAAUUUGAUUUCCAAAGUGGCCAAGUCUGAGCCUUGUCCUAAAGACAGAGUGGAUAGUGUUGCUGUAGAUCUGGGUGAUGAUCUUUGCCCAAUUGAUUUGAAGUAUGAUACUAAUAUUAUUAACAAUAUGCCUCCUGAAUCAAAAGCUUACAAUAUCAUUAAGAGGCAGUUCUUAAGAUGGCAGGAAGGUUUUUCACCAUAUAAAGAUUUCUGCACUCAGUUCAAGCUCAGAGAACAAGAGAAGUGACUGUUUUGAACUUUUGUAUUUUGACUUUGUUGGGCCAUAUGAUUCAGUCAUGGUUUUUCUUCAAUGAUAUUGAAAGAAAAUGGAAAAAGAUCUGUAUACUG